AUGCCUAUGGCGUCAAUUUCAGCCGUUGGAUCGUAUCCCAAGCGUUUCCCGUCAAACCUUGUUGCCGUUGGUCGUCCUUCUCCUUCAUCUUCAUGUCUACGUAUUAUUUGUGGAAGUUCUACCGACCCAUCAACCUCGUUUGAGGGUCGUGGAAGAUUGGAACAGAGCUCACUAAUUGAUAGAAGACAAGUUGUAAUGUCGUCUAUUGCGUUCUUAACCGCGGAAAUUUUCAAUUCUCGAAGGGGUGAAGCUUCUGCUGCACCUGAAUUCGCUGAUAUGCCAGCAUUGAGGGGAAAGGAUUAUGGCAAGACAAAGAUGCGGUAUCCUGAUUAUACAGAAACAAAUUCAGGUCUCCAGUAUAAGGACUUGCGAACAGGAAAUGGCCCCUCUCCAAAAAUUGGAGAGACAGUAGUGGUUGAUUGGGAUGGCUAUACUAUAGGAUAUUAUGGCCGCAUAUUUGAAGCUCGCAACAAGACAAAGGGUGGAUCUUUUGAGGGGGAUGAUAAAGAUUUCUUCAAAUUCAGAUUAGGAUCACAAGAGGUCAUCCCUGCAUUUGAGGAAGCUGUAUCAGGCAUGGCGCUUGGAGGAAUCAGAAGGAUCAUAGUUCCCCCAGAACUGGGAUAUCCUGAGAAUGACUUCAACAAGAAAGGUCCCAGGCCAAUGACAUUUUCGGGUCAAAGAGCCUUGGAUUUUGUUCUGAGAAACCAAGGAUUGAUUGAUAAAACUCUCUUGUUCGAUAUUGAGCUGCUGAAAAUCGUAUCAAGUUGA